AUGCACUGCCCCAAGUGCCUGCUCUGCCUGGCCGCGCUGCUCACGCUCCUGGGCCUCAAACUCUACAUCGAAUGGGUGUCCGAGACGCGGCUGAGCAGGGCCUACCCGGCCCCCCGGGGCACCCCGCCGGGCCCCACGCCCGCCAGCGCAGAGCCCACGCUGCCCGCGAACCUGUCGGCCCGCCUGGGCCAGACCAGCCCGCUGCCCGCGGCCGCCUGGAACCAGCAGCAGUGGCGGCUGCGGAGCCUGCCCAGCCAGGACUGCGCAGCGUGGGGGGCGGCCGCCGCCGCCCGCAUCCCGGACUUCGCCUCUUACCCCGAGGACCUGCGCCGCUUCCUGGGGGCGGCCGCCUGCCGCAGCUUCCCGCCCUGGCAGCCGCGAGGGGGCGGCAGGCAGGUGGCCAACUGCUCCGCCCGCGUCCCCUACCUGCUGCUGGCCGUCAAGUCGGAACCGGGGCGCUUUGCCGAGCGACAGGCCGUGCGCGAGACCUGGGGCGGCCCCACUCCUGGCGUCCGGCUGCUCUUCCUGCUGGGGUCCCCCGAGGGCCAGGGGGGCCCCGACCUCGGCUCCCUGGUGGCCUGGGAGAGCCGCCGCUACGGUGACCUCCUGCUCUGGGACUUCGUCGACGUCCCCUUCAACCGGACCCUCAAGGACCUGCUGCUGCUGGCCUGGCUGGGCCGCCACUGCCCCGGCGUCAGCUUCAUCCUGCGCGCCGAGGACGACGCCUUUGUGCACACACCUGCCCUGCUGCGGCACCUGCGUGCGCUGCCCGCCCGCUGGGCCCGCAGCCUCUACCUGGGCGAGAUCUUCACCCAGGCCAAGCCCCUGCGCAAGCCUGGGGGGCCCUUCUACGUGCCCGGCUCCUUCUUUGCGGGGGACUACCCGGCCUACGCCAGUGGCGGCGGCUACGUCAUUGCUGGGGGCCUGGGUCCUUGGCUGCUGCAAGCCGCCGCCCGAGUGGUGCCGUUCCCUUUCGACGAUGUCUACACCGGCCUGUGCUUCCGGGCCCUGGGCCUGGCGCCCCGGGCCCACAAGGGCUUCCUCACAUCGUGGCCAGCUGACCGCGCCGCUGACCCGUGUGACAUCCGGGACCAGCUGCUGGUGCGGCCCCUCAGCCCCCAGGACAGCAUCCGACUGUGGAAGCAACUGCAAGAUCCUCUCCUCCACUGCUGA